AUGCAAAUACGAGUCACCAGAACAGAACUAAGGUGUACUUGUGUAUAUGCCUAUCACUAUUUAUUGUUUUGUUCUGUUCCUGCUAGACCGGAACCGAAUUGGAGUGCGCGCUGUUUUGGGGACUGUGGCUGCAUUGCUCUCGAGCUGACAGUUGACUUCACACUGGUUCAAUGGUACGGUGCUACACUAUUGUGUUCGAAAGUGGGCCUGAAACACAUCGAGGGUUCGAGCUGCAACAGGUCGGUUGUCGCUCCCGGUGAAUCUGGAAAACGAAAACCUAAUCAGUUUUUCGCGAUCCCUAUUCACUUGAAUAAUCGACGCCAGCGGGUGGCCAUUGGCUCAUUAGAUGUUACAAACCUGAAAGCAUCAUGUCCACCAAUUACCACAAUCCCCACUAAUCGAUUUAACAUUGACCUUCAAACGGACAUAUUCUUUGAUAACUUCUUCUGGUUCAAUGAAACCGAAACUUUCUCCAAUCCGAGGAUUAUCUGCCGGGCAAGCUACAAGCAGUGGAACGAAGGUGAGUUCGAAAACUUCACAAUUGAAAAAGUAGGUCUGUGCAACCAAAGAAGCGCUAUGAAAACACCCAACGCAUCGCAAAGCAACACAAGGACUCUUGAGUAUUCUCCUUUGCCGUGUUGGGUCCGAAGACGACACCGAACGCACAAGGUAGCUUAAUCUAACAGAGGAGACAACUCUGUCCUCCGUGGUGCGGUGACGAUGCCAACUGCCGGAAGAAGAGCUUGUUUGUGCUCGUUCUAGUAUUAAAUUGGAUGCGUCCUUCCACGAUAUCCUCUUGCCAUUCGCCACCCAAUUUGGUGAAAACAGUAGCUAACCUGUUGCUAAACCUGAUGGUUUCCGCAGUGUAGCGAAAUAAAGAAAAAAGCUUUACGAUGGGUGAUGAAGAACAAAAACAAAAUCCCAACAACCGCUGCUACUGGUCCCGUCCUCUUUACGGAUAAAGAACGGUGCACACCCUGGGCAGAUACAAAUCCAAUGAAGCGAUGUAUCAACGUCAUCCUCGUUGUUGCCUUCAUCGAAUGUUCAAAUUUAAGGGAUGCUGGAAAAUUGAGCAGCGUACUUGAAAGGGAUUAGAAGCAGAGGGAUGCUAAUAGUUUGUAUGUAAAAUGUAACCUGAACAAUAAAAACUGUAUUUUUGUCGAAUAACACUAAAUUUUCUAUGACAUUGUCUAGUAUAGUCAUUCUAGUGGAAUCUAAUGGAAAUAAAUGCAACAUCCAUAUCAUGUUGUAAUAUUA